CAACUCAAUCGACAAGAUAUUCGGACGAAUUAUUUUCCCUCAAUGAAUUUUAUUCUUUAUCUAAUGUUGCCGGUAUUAAAAAUGAAAUUUUGGUGUUACCAAAACAUCUACCAAAUAUACAAUAAGAUAUUGUAUGUUUUGCUUCAAUGAUAAAAAGCUGAUUAAUCAAAGCUGAAAAUCGGAGAAUCUCCACCUUUUCCCAUGCCAUUCAAGAGUCUCGAAAGUAAAAAUGGCGAAUCGGACGGUGAAAGACGCUCAUUCUGUAAAAGGGACAAAUCCACAGUAUUUGAUAGAAAAAAUAAUUAGAACUCGCAUUUAUGAAUGUAGAUAUUGGAAAGAAGAAUGUUUUGCAUUAACAGCUGAAUUGUUGGUCGACAAGGCAAUGGAAUUGAAAUUCAUUGGAGGAGUAUAUGGGGGAAAUGUUAAACCGUCUCCUUUCCUCUGUUUGGUCUUGAAAAUGCUGCAGAUUCAACCAGAAAAAGACAUAGUUGUGGAAUUUAUCAGGAAUGAAAAUUUUAAGUAUGUCAGGGCACUUGGGGCGUUUUACAUGAGGCUGACAGGAACCACAUUAGAUUGUUUUAAAUAUCUUGAACCACUCUACUAUGAUUACAGAAAAUUGAAGCUGCAAAAUAGAGAUGGAGGAUUCCAGUUGAUGCAUAUGGAUGAAUUCAUCGACAUCUUGCUUAGGGAUGAACGUGUAUGUGAUAUCAUUCUUCCCAGAAUCCAGAAGCGACAUGUCCUGGAGGAGAAUAAUCAGUUGGAGAAUAGAGUUAGUGCCCUUGAUGAGGACCUGGAGGAUAUGGACACAGAUGAAGAGGAGGCCAUGGAGAGAAGUCCGUCUCCUGUGGAGAGAAGACAUGGAGAUAGAGGGUCACCACCUAGGCACCGCCGAUCACCUUCACCUAGAAACAGGGAGAGAAGGAAGCGGUCAAGGUCAAGAGAUCGAGAAAAAAGGCAUCGAUCAAGGACUCCUACAGAUAAAAGACACCGAGAUGACGAUCGCAAGAAAAGUAAGAAACAUCGUCAUGAGCACAAAAGUAGAGACAAAGAUAGGGACCGGGAUAAGCGCCACCAUCGCAGCAGUCGUCACCACAAGGAUGACAAGGACCGAGACAAGGGUGGGUCCAAGUCCGAAUCAAAGGCGGGUCUUAGUAUAGCAGAAAGCAAUGAACUCCGAGCAUCCCUUGGUCUACCGCCUCUCAAGUGACAUGGAGCUUAGAAAGUUAUGGUGAACUUAGACUAUUCCACAUAGAUGGGACAAAUUUUAGUGUUCAAUGACAACAACAAACAUUUUUGUCUCAGAACAUGGAUUUUUCACAGUACAGAAUAUUUUACUGAAAAGUAAUAUCAAAAGGCAAAGAAAAAUAGAAAAUACUAGACAUAUAACAAUGUUUAUUCAGUUGAAAUUGUUCGUUUUCUGUAACAAAAUAAAAACAAAAUGAAUACA